AAUGAUGGCGGACACGUCGGCCCUUCUUGUCAACCAGAGAGUGAUACGGGACCGUUUGCAUGCGUGGGAAUCUACCACUGACUCUAAAGCUCCACUCACAGGCACACAGAAGGAUGUUUUGGUGGAACUGACAUCAAAAACUUCAGAAAGACAUUUCCCUAAAGAUCUGCCGGAGGAUGAAGUUUCAUUUUCAAUGUCCAAAACCCCUCCUUCCCAGCUGACUAAUGACUCCCAGGGACCUAAGAAAAGUGCCUUGUCAAAUGAUGCAGAAAAAAUUGACACAGCUCAACAGUUUUUCUCCUGGUUCUCCACUGUUGAAGAGGACAUAGAGAGAGAUGAGGAGAUACCAUACAGACGUUACAUAGAGGAGUUAAGGGAGUAUCAGAAGCAGUGUGAUUCAGUCUUGGAAGAAGUAGGAACUGCUCUAGACUACCUUUGCAGUCUCCAGGCCCACUAUAUCCACGUAUCCACAAAGACAAAUGCUCUCCAUGACGCCUGUGAACAUCUGUUGGCUGAACAGACAAGACUUAUCAACACAGCAGAAAACAUUAGCAAUAAAUUGUCAUACUUCAAUGAACUGGACCGAAUAUCUUCAAAACUUGGUUCACCCACCCUGACUGUCACCAAUGAAUCAUUUGUGCCCAUGUUGUCUCGGCUAGAUGAGUGCAUUUUAUAUAUCUCCAAUAAUGCACGCUGUAAGGAAUCAGCAAUUUACCUCGCCAAGUUUAGACACUGCCUUGCUCGGGCUUUGAACCUGAUUAAGUGUCAUGUGGUUCACAUAUUACAAGUGGCUACACAGCAAGUCCAACCCACUAAGGAUUCCGUCAGUAUUGGUGAUAAUGCUUUUACAUUAUUCUAUGGAAAGUUUCGAGCUAAUGCUCCUCGUGUGAAAUCGCUGAUGGAGGAGCUGGAACAGAGAGUAGAUAAAAGUUCCGAAUAUGUACAGAUACUGGCUGACUGUCAUCAGUGCUACUUCCAACAAAGAGAGGUGUUACUGGGACCGAGUGUCGCAUCAACUGUCACCGAUCUGGCCACCAAACAUACCCGUGACCACUGUGCUCUGAUGAGAAGUGGAUGUGCCUUUAUGGUCCAUGUAUGUGAGGAUGAACAUCAGCUCUACUUUAACUUCUUUUCCAAACCAACUCCUCGGCUAGAUGAGAUGUUAGAGCACCUGUGCAACAGUCUUUAUGACAUGUUCCGGCCACUUAUUAUCCACAUCAACCAUUUAGAAACACUCUCCGAGUUAUGUUCCAUUCUCAAGAUAGAGAUGUUGGAGGAGCAUGUACAGAAUAAUGUCCAAGAGCUGGGAGCAUUUGAGACGAUUUGUAAACAGAUGUUGAUGGACGUACAAGAGAGACUCGUGUACAGGACGUAUAUCUGUAUCAAGGCAGACAUCCUCAACUAUAAAGCUGCUCAGGGAGACCUGGCCUACCCAGAGAAGCUGGAGAUGAUGGAGAGCAUAGCGGAGGGUAUUAAGAAUACCCAAGAAAGUUCAAGGACAUCAUCUACAUCCUCCACAGGUGAGGGUCACAGAAGGUCAUUGUCAAAUGUCUCCAACACAAGUCUGGAGGUAGCCCAGAUCACGGACGGGGAACAUAAGGAGAUGGGGCCACCUGUAGGAGGAGGCGACCCUCAACACCCCCAGGGAACCUCAAUGCCUCUCUCUCCUGCUGAUCUCCAUGGUAUGUGGUAUCCGACAGUGCGCCGGACACUGGUCACUCUGUCCAAGCUCUACAGGUGUAUAGAUAAGACAACAUUCCAAGGUCUCUCUCAGGAAGCACUGCAGUCUUGUAUACAAAGUUUACAGAACGCAAAGGAGGGCAUCAUCAAACGAAAGAAUGUUUUAGACGGGGAAUUGUUCAUCAUCAAACAUCUUCUGAUUUUACGAGAACAAAUUGCUCCCUUCCAAGCCGAUUUCUCUAUAAGAGAGACUUCGCUGGAUUUCAGUAAAUUCAAAGACCUGAGUUUAUCACAAGCUGGGCAUAAAUUUCUGGGUGCUGCUUAUGGACUUGUAAACAACAAAUCAAAACUGUUUGCCUUAAACAGUACCAAUGCAUUGCUACAGUUUAUCCUGGAGGGAACCCCCCAGGUGACAGAAUACUUUGUUGAUUCUAAGAGAGAUGUUGAUCAACAGUUAAAGAAGAGUUGUGAGGAUUUCAUUCAUCACGUGACCAGCCUGCUCACAGAACCAGUUCAAACAUUUCUGUCCCGUGCCAGCGUGGUUAUCAGCAUGAAGACUGAGGAGCCCAUCAGGAAUGUGUCACUCCGACAACAGCCCUUCGCCACGCCUGAGAAGUUACACGAUGUUAUGUCAGAGACAUAUCGCAAUCUCAAGACUCGCCUUCCAACGGUCCAGCGUUCAAUGUCUCUGUACCUAGCUAACAGAGACACCGAGGUCAUUCUCUUCAAACCAAUUAAAGUGAAUAUACAACAGACAUACCAGCAGGUACACAAGAUCCUGGUUGAUAAUUACACUGAAGAGGACAAGCAGAUUGUGGCUUCGCCUAGCACUGAACAGAUAAAUUUAUUGUUAUCAGCAUCCAAAUCCUGAGGAGACUACAAAAGCCAAGUUUAUAUCUGUGAUACACGUCCCCUACAGACAUUACAACAAAGGCCUGGUGUUUGUCAGGCAUAUCCUUAUAUGGACAUUCACAUGCUUGCCAUGUGACUUAAUUAUGAUGUCUAUCACAUCAAUUAUAAAUGUAAAAACUAUGUUAACCAUAUGAUCUGAUGAUAAAUCUGGGAUGAUCCUAAGAUGGCUAAUUCACAAACUUAACUGUACAUGUAUAUGGUAGAAUUCUCAAACAUGUUUCAUUUAUCAGUAAUCAUGGUGGGCUCUCAGACGCUUGUUUUAUUAUUUGGGAUUUUGUGUGUAGAUCUUAUAAUUUUAAGACUUUUAAAUGUGAUCAUAUCAG